GGAGCCACCCAGUAUCCUAGAGCCCAGAGUUGCUGCCUGGUUUCCUGGGAUCCCUGAGCACCUGGCCAACUCUAUAGACCUCUGGUGAGUCAGCUCCUCUGGAGGACGUAUCCUGUGUGCCCUCAGCCAGUCUUUCGUGGUGACCUGCAGCCCGGGAUGCCGUGAACCUUCCUCUUCUCUACGUUCAGAUGAACACAUAUUCGUGAAGAUGAGCACCUGGUUUCCACCCACACUUUUGGACCUGGCAGUCCAGAGUCUGCUGAGGGACAAGAACUUGGUGAUCCGGGCUCUGGAGGAACUUCCCAGGGAGCUCUUCCCACCGCUUUUCAUGGAGGCUUUCACCAGGGGACACACUGAGGUCCUGAAGGCCUUGGUGCCAGCUUGGCCUUUCCCCUGCCUCCCUCUGGGGGUCCUGAUGAAAAUGAGAAACACAGAGAUCGCCCAAACUCAGCUGAACAUUUUCCGGCUGCCAGCAUGGGACCUGCAGUUCUUUCAAGCUGUGCUGGAUGGGCUUGAUGUGCUGCUGGCUCAGAAGGUUCGCCCCAGGAGGUGGAAACUGCAAGUGUUGGAUAUGCGGAACAUGCACCUAAACUUCUGGAGGGUCUGGGCUGGAAACUUGGCUGAUCCUGGUUUCCCAGAGGUCACAAUGGGUAGGGAAAUGAAGAAGGAUGGGCCAAAGUUGGCAGAAAAGCAGCCCCUAAGGGUGCUCAUAGACCUGAACCUCCAUCUGGAUUGUCUGGAUUCACCUUUACAUUUUCUUUUUAAGUGGGCCCAGGAGAGGAGGGGUUUGCUUCAAGUGGAGUGUAGAAAGCUGUGUAUAGAUGCAGUUUCUCCUGAAACAAUUUUGAACAUGCUGGAAAUUGCUGACUUCGGAUUCAUGGAGGAUGUGGAAGUCCAUGGUUUCUGGGCUCUCUUUGUUCUGUGUAAUUUUGACUCUUACCUGGGCCAGAUGAAAAAUCUUCAGAAGCUACUUCUCUCUCACAUCCAUGUGCCUGAUUGCCUUCCUCCAGAUGAGACGGAGAAGUUGGUGACCCAAUUAACCUCUCAUUUCCUAAACCAGCACCACCUACAGGAGCUUCAUAUGAACAAUGUCUCCUUUUUGGAAGGCCACCUCACUGAGGUGCUCAGGUGCCUGAAGAUUCACUUGGAGACCCUCUCAAUAACACAUUUGCAGCUUUCACACAUAGACUGGAACCAUUUGUCCCAGUGCCCAAGCAUCAGUCAGCUAAAACGCCUGUGUCUGAGUGGUGUCAGGUUGACUGAAUUUAGACCUGAGCCCCUCCAAGUUCUUCUGGAGAAAGUUGCAGGUACCCUGACCACGCUGUACUUGGAAUCCUGUGGGAUCACUGACUUCCACCUCAGAGCCAUCAUUCCUGCCCUGAGCCUCUGCUCUCAGCUCAGCACCUUAAGCUGCAUACAGAACUCCAUCUCUGUGGCCACCUUGGAGAACCUGCUGUACCACACUGCCAGGAUGAGAAAUUUAAGACUGGAGCUGUACCCUAUUCCUCGGGAGGUUCAUAGUUCUAGACUGGGGCAGCUUAGGGAUGCGAUGAGGAGGAUUGUAAAGCCGUUAAACUACCCCAGGACUGCCUGGCUCAGUAUUAAUGAGUAUUAUUGUCCCAGUGGUGUCUGGGAAACCUGUUACCUGGAGUUUAGUGAGUGCUCUAACAGUAUCCCUAUGUAGCUGGACACAUAUAUUCUAUGCUGUCUUUAGGCCACUGGGAACAAAGAGCCCAUGUUUCUGUGUGAUUGGUGAAAAAAGAUGUUGGACAGCUGGAGGGCAGCCUUGGAUGGAAAAAUGUUGACCUGGAAGGUAGAAGUGAUCUUUGGAGACAUGAGUCCUAGACAGGGUCAGAAAUAGGAACCCGGGUCUAGAAGUAAAUUCGUGCAUGGAUGGAUAUAAAGAAGUGUUCAGAAAUAAAGAG